AGCCAGUGGCUCCUGCAGCGCCGUGCCCCGAGGAGGUCGCAGCAAGAGGAGGAGGAGGAGGAGGAGGGGAAGGAGGAAGCUCGGAGCAGCCACGUCCUGACCCAUCGACCUGCCAAGCCCUUCCCCUGCCCCGCAGCCUCCUGCGGGCAGAGCUACUGCAGCCCUCGCUCCCUGCGGCGCCACCUGCGGCUGCGCCACGGCUCCGGUGCCACCCGACCCGCCCAGACGGCCCCGGCACCGCCCCCGGGCACCUCCUGCCCACCCGCACCGGCCCGCGGCGGGGCUCCCCCUACACCCCCCCCCCCGAUGCUGAGCCCCCUGCGGGAGGGGCCUGGCCUCUUCUGCAGCCCCCUGGGGCCUGCUGCUGCUGCUGCUGCUGCUGCUGCUGCUGCUGCUGGAGACCCUGACUGGCUCCUUGGCACUGUGAGAGGCAGAGUGGACACAGCCCUGGGGCUCUGCCUGCUGAGAGACCCCCCCAGGCUCAGCGUGCCCCCGAGGAUCAACGUUGGGAGCUGCUUCCAGGCUGAGGUGCCCAAGCUCCAGGAUCGAUCCUGUCUGGAGGAGGAGGAGGAGGAGCCUUCAGCCUCGCUGGUCUGGAAGCCCUGGGGGGACCUGGCAAGCAACCCAGAGACACAGAGCAGAGUGACAGAGCUGCUCAACAUGGCCUGCUCCAGUGCCAUGCCCGGGGGUGGAACCAACCUGGAGCUGGCUCUGCACUGCCUGCACCGGGCAGGAGGGGACAUCCUGGGAGCUCUGCAGCUGCUGCUCUUCGGUGCCCCCCCGGAGCCUCCCUCCCACCCAUUGGCCAACUACCGCUACGCAGGCUCUGACCUGUGGACACCUCUGGAGGUGAAGCUCUUCCAGAAAGCCUUUGGUGCCCACAAGAAGGACUUUGCCCUCAUCCAGAAGGAGAUCCAGACCAAAUCCGUGGCUCAGUGUGUGGAAUUCUACUACAUCUGGAAAAAAAAAGCCAAGUUUGGCUCUGAAGUGCCCAGGAAAAAGCUCAGGAGAGACCAGAGGGAGGUGGAAGAGGCUGGAGAGAAGGCCUUUCCCAGCCCAAAGUGUUGCCUCUCGCCCAAAGGAGCCUCCAGGGUGAGGCCAAAGGAGGCCAGAAAGGGGCCUGAAGGGGUCACCCACCCCUCCUGGGAGCUCAGCACUGGGAGCUUUGCCUGCAGGCAGUGUCCCAGAGUCUUCUCCAAGGUCAAGGGUCUCAAUGCCCACAUGAAGAUCCAUCGCCCCCAGGAGCCCCUGCAGCUGCAGUGGCCUUGGCAGCAGCUCCAGCAGCAGCUGGAGGUGGGCAAGAAGCCAACCUCUGCCUGCUGGUGACUGGCACCCAGGCACCUGAGGGGGUCCUGAUGGUCCUCCAAAGCCCACCUGGAGCUGCUGGAGGUGACAGCAGGCAGGUGGCAGCUCCCCAGCACCCUUCAGGUGGGGCUUAGAGACCUCCAGAGCUCCUCAGGCCUUCAGCCUCCACCCAGCUUGGAGCUCCCCUCCUCAGCUUCCCUCAGGUUCUCCAACAUCCAAGUUCUGACCCAAAGUCAUUAAAGUGGUUCCAAGCCCAA